CUCCUGCCCUCACUCCUGUCUCUCUCCUCAGGGGAGCCUGUCUGUGUCCGAAAUGAGCCGCUCCUCUUACGCCUCCUCCCAGUCCUCCUCGUACCGCCGUGCUUUUGGUGGCCCUGGUUUCAUCAGCCCACCCAUGUCCCGGGCCAUGUUCAGCCGCUCCUCGCUGGGUGGCUCUGGGGGCUCCCAUGUCAGCUCCCGGGUCUACGAGGUGACCAAGACGGCCUCAAGCUCUCCUGGCUACUCCGGCUACCGCGCCUCCACCUACGCCCUCCCUAGCCUGUCAGCGGGCGUAUCCCGCUCAUACGCAUCCGGUCUGGGUGAGACACUGGACUUCAACCUGGCCGAUGCCCUCAACCAAGAGUUCCUGCAGACGCGCACCAAUGAGAAGGCUGAGCUGCAGCACCUGAAUGACCGCUUCGCCAGCUACAUCGAGAAGGUGCGCUUUCUUGAGCAGCAGAACCAGGCCCUGGUGGUGGAGGUGGAGCGAAUGAGGGGCCGCGAACCCACCCGCAUCGCCGACCUCUAUGAAGAGGAGAUGAGGGAGUUGAGACGGCAGGUGGAGGUCGUCACCAACCAGAGGUCCCGUGUGGAGGUGGAACGCGACAACCUGGCCGACGACCUGCAAAAGCUUAAGCUCAGGCUCCAGGAUGAGAUCGCACAAAGAGAGGAGGCUGAGAACAACCUUGCAGCUUUCAGAGCUGAUGUGGAUGCUGCCACACUGGCCCGCCUGGACCUGGAGAGGCGCAUAGAAACUCUGCAAGAGGAAAUCGCCUUCCUCAAGAAGAUCCACGAAGAGGAGAUCCGCGAGCUGCAGGCUCAGAUGCAGGAGACUCAGGUGCAGAUCCAGAUGGAUCUGUCCAAGCCGGACCUGACAGGCGCGCUGAGAGACAUCCGCACUCAGUACGAAGCCAUCGCUGCCAAAAACAUCGCAGAGGCCGAGGACUGGUACAAGUCUAAGGUGUCAGACCUGAACCAAGCAGUGACCAAGAACAAUGAGGCACUGAAACAGGCCAAGCUGGAGACCAUGGAGUUCAGACACCAGAUUCAGUCCUACACUUGCGAGAUUGACUCGCUGAAGGGCACUAACGAGUCUCUGAUGAGGCAGAUGAGGGACAUGGAGGACCGCCAUGGGCGCGAGGCCUCCGGCUUCCAGGACACCAUUGCCAGACUGGAGGCUGAGAUUGCCAACAUGAAGGAUGAGAUGGCCCGCCACUUGCGCGAGUAUCAGGACCUGCUCAACGUCAAGAUGGCCCUCGAUGUGGAGAUCGCCACCUACAGGAAACUGCUGGAGGGAGAGGAGAGCAGGAUCACGCUGCCCAUGCAGACCUACUCCACCAUAAGCUUUAGAGAGACCAGCCCAGAGCACCAACAAAGAGCCUCUGAAACGCACUCAAAGAAAACAGUCCUCAUCAAGACCAUCGAGACCCGGGACGGAGAGGUGGUGAGUGAAUCCACACAGCACCAGCAGGACAUCAUGUAGACCUCCGAAAAGGAAGCUAAACCACAGCAACAAACCAUGAGGAGUUUCAAUAAAACCAUUAGGCUAAGCCUUCA